GGCAUUACUCAUUCAUCCCCAUUCAGGCUUCCCCAGCAUUUAUUAAGGGCGCUCGGCUGCUGCCUCUCACUCUCGCUUUCCUCCACGCAGACCCCUCUCGCUGGAGAGCCUCUGCCUGCUCUCUCGCCAGCUGUGGGAAGUCACCGAGAAACUUCAGCUAUGUAUCUCCCUGCGAUACUGCUCUGUGCCUUCUGGGCUGCGGCGUCGGCGGCGGAGAACUCAGAGGAUUGUGACCUCAUGUUCGUGAAUCUGGACAACGAAAUAGACAACGGGAUCCCUUCCACCGAAGAACCCGCGCCGCCCUGCGACUGCCGUCGGGAGCACUCCGAAUGGGACAAGCUGUUCAUCAUGCUGGAGAACUCGCAGAUGAGGGAGGGCGCGCUGCAGCAGGCCGUGGACGAAGUGCUCCGGAGCGACCUGCAGAGGCUGCGGGCGGAGCUGGGCCGGCUCGCCGACAGCCUGGCCAGGACCUGCGGGCCGGCGGCCUCGGCGGAGGCCAGGCUGGCGCGGGCGCUGGACGAGCUGCUGCAGGCGAGCCGCGACGCGGGCCGCAGACUGGCGCGCCUGGAGGGCGCCGCGCCGCAGCGGCCGGAGGAGGCGGAGUGCGCCCUGGGCGCAGCGCUGGAGGAGCUGCAGCAGACGCGAGCCGACCUCCGCGUCGUGCAGGACUGGGCGGCCCGGCGCCUCCUGCCCGCAGGUUGUGAAACAGCGAUUUUAUUCCCGAUGCGUUCCAAGAAGAUUUUUGGAAGCGUACAUCCGAUGACACCAAUGCGGCUGGGGUCUUUCAGUGCCUGCCUUUGGGUCAAAGCCACAGAUGUUUUAAACAAAACCAUCCUGUUUUCCUAUGGCACAAAGAGGAAUCCAUAUGAGAUCCAGCUGUACCUCAGCUAUCAGUCCACAGUGCUCGUGGUAGGCGGAGAGGAGAACAAACUGAUUGUGGACACUGUGAUUCCCGUAGGAAGGUGGAGCCACCUGUGUGGCACCUGGGCUUCAGAGACAGGGAGCGCGUCCUUGUGGGUAAACGGAGAACUGGCGGCCACCACGGCAGAGAUGGCUCCAGGUCACGUUGUUCCUGAGGGAGGAAUCCUGCAGAUAGGCCAAGAAAAGAACGGCUGCUGCGUUGGCGGUGGCUUUGAUGAAACUUUGGCCUUUUCUGGACGAGUCACAGGCUUCAAUAUCUGGGAUCACGUUCUCAGCCCUGAAGAGAUAAGAGAAACUGGAGGAGCGGAGUCUUGUCACAUCCGGGGAAACAUCGUUGGGUGGGGAGUCACAGAGAUCCAGCCACAUGGAGGAGCUCAGUACGUCUUGUAAGGGCUGUGAAACUCCACUUGAAGCCAAAGAAAGAAACUCAUGUUUUAAAUAUCAUGGUUGGGAAGGUCUAAAAACCUCAAUGCAUUAAUAAGAACACUUGAGACUAAUGAAGGAGAGAGCUGCAACCAAUCUUUAUUUAUCCUGGCAAAAUACUGAAUAAACAGUUGAAGCAAAGAUAUUGGAGAAGGCUUUUGAGGAUAUUGUUACUAGACUUAUGCCAUGGUGCUUUCAGAUUAAUGCCGUGUCUUUGUCAGAUAAACUCUCAAAGAAUUAAAAAGGACUGUGUUGCUAAACAGAAGGACAAUUGUUUGACUUUCCUUUGGUUAAUUUUGUUUUGGGAGAAGAUUUUUACAUUGGCAGAAUAAUGAAAUAACAUUUGUUGUUCAUUAUUCAUUGUUAUUGGUGUGUACCUUAUAAACAAUGAUAAAACACGUUUAUACUGCAAUGUGACUUAACAAAUAUAAAUGUAGUUUACAUGUUAUAACUGAGUGUCGCUUUUUUGGAGGAGAUACUUGUAUAAGUUAUAUUGUAAAAUGGUUUUGUGUUAAUUUUAUUAAGACUAUUUUUGUAAAGCUCUGCUGUAAAUAAAAUAUUUUAUAAAACUAA